GUUUGCGACAGGUCUCAUUCCUUUCAGGCUCUUUGGUUUGAGCCAACAUGGCGACCAUGUAGAGUCAGCGAGUUGUUUACAACAAAAUGAGGGUCUUGCGUUGCUGCGUUGGGCUCCGGCGAACCUAUUUGGUUUGGCCAAUCAUAUUGAUCCUCAUAGUUGGCGCAGCCUUGACAGCUCUGCUGCCUCCUGCAGAGGAACAAGGGGGCCUUGAUGUCCUGGGAGUGCUACGCCGGGCAACAUCUAAGGAGAAUCCUCCACAGGAUCACCAUGGUGACAGCACCGACAGGGAGAACAAGUUCACCCUCAUCAUUCAAACAUACAAUCGCACAGACAUUCUUCUCAAACUGCUCAACCAUUACCAGGCUGUUCCUCAUCUUCAGCGGAUUAUCAUAGUCUGGAACAAUGUACAGGAGGAGACACCACGUAAAUUAUGGAACUCCUUGGGUCCUCAUCCCGUUCCUGUCGUCUUCAAAGAGCAGGCAAGCAAUCGAAUGCGGAACAGACUACAACCGUUUGCUGAGAUUGACACUGAUGCUGUGCUGCUGCUGGACGAUGACACGCUGGUCAGUGUUCCUGAUACCAGUUUUGCAUUCUCAGUCUGGAAGCAAUUUCCAGACCAGAUUGUUGGUUUUGUGCCACGGAAACAUGUCUCAACACCAAGUGGAGUGUACAGCUAUGGCAGCUUUGAACUGCAGGAUCCAGAAACAGCUGGAGGUGACAAAUACUCCAUGGUGUUAAUUGGCGCUGCUUUUUUCCACCACCGCUACCUGCAGCUCUUCCAGGACCAGCCUGUAGCAGUACAUGCACUGGUGGAUGAAACACAGAAUUGUGAUGACAUUGCAAUGAACUUUGUUGUCUCUCUGUAUUUGAGGAAACACUUGAAGUCAAUAGGCAGAAUCAACAAACCCUCUGGGGUCUUUGUAAAACCCGUGGACCUUCGCAACCUGGAAAAGGAGGCCAGCAGCGGGUACCAGGGCAUGUGGCAUCGUCCUGAGCACCUUCUUCAGAGGUCCUACUGUCUGAACAGGCUUACACAGAUUUAUGGCUUCAUGCCUCUGUGCUUCUCCAACCUGAUGGUCUCACAGUUUGGCUUCCCCAGUUAUGCUAACCAUAAGUAGAGGCUGAGGAUGUGCAGCAUCGCUGACAGACUUUGAAUGAAAGAAAACAAAACUCAAGUUGCCAUCUGCUGAUUCAUCUGAGCUGAGGAUUUGGUUAGUUACCCACAGUCCUGAUAUUUCCAUGUGUGUGCGAUCUGUGCACAUAGCUUAGUCUUGUUAUGUGUCCACAUUUGAGAAAGGUAAACUGCAUUGUUGCCAAAGCUGCCUCUUCCCUCAUUAAUGACACCUCUCUCAAUAGAUUGUCCUGAAAUUAGACACACCAGUUGGUAAUCUUAGAUUUGCAUUUCCAUUUUUUUUUUUUUUUACCUUAAAUAGAUAUUAAGUGCAGUUUGAAACCCGAUAGACUGAAUCAUGUUGUGUUAAUUAAUGUCAACACUGUUUGUAACGAUC